CCUGAAGCCAUUUUUGUGUGUAAAAGUAAAAUCACAAAUAAGUUAGAUUAUGUAGAAUUAUGUGAAUGAACAAAAGUGCGAAAAGUUCUUAAGAAGCUAAUUCUGAAAGACAUUUGACAUUAUGUCAAUCCCACCAUAUUUGCUGGGUCCAAACCCCUGGGCCACAAUGAUGGCCCAGCAACAGGCUCAGCUGGCAGCUGCUCAAGCACAUGCUCAGGCUGCGGCUCAUGCGCAAGCUGCGCAUCAUGCCCAUAUACAAGUUAUGCAAGCUGGACCACCACUGCCUCAAAUUCCUAAACAACCGGAAGUCCUGUCCGAGGAUAAACUUCAAGAGAAAGCGCAAAAGUGGCAGCAGUUGCAGUCAAAGCGAUUCGCAGAGAAGAGGAAGUUCGGUUUUGUGGAUGCUCAAAAGGAAGACAUGCCGGCUGAACAUAUAAGGAAGAUUAUUAGAGAUCAUGGUGAUAUGAGCAGCAGAAAAUACAGACAUGAUAAACGUGUUUAUUUGGGGGCUUUAAAGUAUAUGCCGCAUGCUGUGAUGAAAUUAUUGGAAAAUAUGCCUAUGCCGUGGGAACAAAUAAGAGAUGUAAAGGUCCUAUAUCAUAUUACUGGCGCCAUUACAUUCGUCAAUGAAAUUCCUUGGGUUAUAGAGCCUGUGUAUAUAGCUCAAUGGGGCACAAUGUGGAUUAUGAUGAGACGAGAGAAAAGGGAUCGCAGACAUUUUAAAAGAAUGAGAUUUCCACCUUUUGAUGAUGAAGAGCCUCCUUUGGAUUAUGCGGAUAACGUUUUGGAUGUUGAACCUUUAGAAGCUAUACAAAUCGAACUUGACUCAGAAGAAGAUGAAUCUGUCGCGUCAUGGUUCUAUGAACACAAACCAUUAGUUGGGACAAAACACGUCAAUGGAUCCACAUAUCGGAGAUGGAACUUAACAUUGCCACAAAUGGCCACUUUGUACCGUUUGGCUAAUCAAUUGUUGACUGACUUGGUCGAUCAAAAUUUUUUUUAUCUAUUUGAUCCCAAGUCAUUUUUUACUGCAAAAGCCUUAAACAUGGCUAUACCUGGAGGACCAAAAUUCGAACCACUGGUGAAGGAUUCAAAUGCUGCUGAUGAAGAUUGGAAUGAAUUCAAUGACAUAAAUAAGAUCAUCAUCAGGCAACCAAUUAGGACAGAAUAUAGGAUUGCAUUCCCUUAUUUGUACAAUAACAUGCCACAUUUUGUUCAUCUUUCAUGGUAUCAUGCACCAAAUGUUGUUUACAUAAAGACCGAAGAUCCAGAUUUGCCUGCAUUUUAUUUUGAUCCAUUAAUCAACCCAAUUUCUCAUAGAAAUUCGUUAAAGACAAUGGAGCCACAAAUCGAGGACGACGAGGACUUUAUUCUAUCUGGCGAUGUGCAACCGUUCCUUCAGGAGAUACCUCUUUACACCGACAACACGGCGAAUGGAAUAGCCCUUUUGUGGGCGCCGAGGCCGUUUAACACGCGCUCCGGCAGAACGAGGAGAGCCAUCGACAUUCCAUUAGUCAAGUCGUGGUACCGAGAGCACUGUCCACCUGGACAGCCUGUCAAAGUCCGAGUCAGUUAUCAGAAAUUGCUGAAGUACUUUGUCCUGAACGCUCUUAAGCACAGACCGCCUAAGCCGCAGAAGAAGCGCUACCUGUUUCGCUCCUUCAAGUCGACCAAGUUCUUCCAAACGACGACGAUAGACUGGGUGGAGGCCGGCCUGCAGGUCUGUCGUCAGGGCUACAACAUGCUGAAUCUGCUGAUCCACCGGAAGAACUUAAAUUACCUUCACCUGGACUACAACUUCAACCUGAAACCCGUGAAGACGCUCACGACCAAAGAGAGGAAGAAGUCUCGGUUCGGCAACGCCUUUCAUCUUUGCCGUGAGAUCCUCCGUCUGACCAAACUCAUCAUCGACUCUCAUGUUCAGUACAGACUGAACAACGUGGAUGCGUUCCAACUGGCGGACGGGCUGCAAUACAUCUUCGCCCACGUCGGCCAGCUGACUGGCAUGUACCGCUAUAAGUACAAACUGAUGCGGCAGAUCAGGAUGUGCAAAGACCUGAAGCAUCUGAUUUAUUAUCGCUUCAACACCGGUCCAGUCGGGAAGGGACCCGGUUGCGGGUUCUGGGCGCGCUGGCGCGUCUGGUUGUUCUUCAUGAGGGGCAUCACCCCGCUACUGGAGAGGUGGCUGGGCAACCUACUGUCACGACAGUUCGAGGGCCGUCACUCAAAGGGGGUGGCGAAGACGGUGACGAAGCAGCGAGUGGAGUCUCACUUCGAUCUCGAGUUACGUGCCUCGGUCAUGCACGACAUAGUUGACAUGAUGCCCGAGGGGAUCAAGCAGAACAAGGCGCGGACGAUUCUUCAGCAUCUGAGCGAGGCCUGGCGCUGCUGGAAAGCGAACAUCCCGUGGAAGGUGCCGGGGCUACCGAUUCCCAUCGAAAACAUGAUUCUGCGUUACGUGAAGAUGAAGGCGGACUGGUGGACCAACACGGCGCAUUACAACCGGGAGAGGAUCCGACGCGGCGCCACGGUGGACAAGACCGUGUGCAAGAAGAACUUGGGCCGCCUGACGCGGCUCUAUCUGAAGGCCGAGCAGGAGCGGCAGCACAAUUACCUAAAGGACGGGCCGUACAUCUCGCCGGAGGAGGCCGUAGCUAUAUUCACGACCUCGGUACACUGGCUGGAGUCGCGGAGGUUCGCGCCGAUACCCUUCCCGCCGUUGUCCUACAAGCACGACACAAAAUUGUUGAUCUUAGCUCUGGAACGCUUGAAGGAGGCCUACAGUGUCAAGUCCAGGCUAAAUCAAAGUCAACGGGAAGAAUUGGGUCUCAUAGAACAGGCUUACGACAAUCCACACGAGGCUUUGUCCAGAAUCAAGCGACAUCUGCUAACGCAGAGGGCCUUUAAGGAGGUCGGCAUCGAGUUCAUGGAUCUCUAUAGUCACCUAAUCCCGGUCUACGACGUGGAGCCGCUGGAGAAGAUCACGGACGCCUAUUUGGAUCAGUAUUUAUGGUACGAGGCGGACAAGAGGCGGCUGUUUCCGCCCUGGGUAAAGCCAGCCGACACGGAGCCGCCGCCCCUUCUCGUCUACAAGUGGUGCCAGGGUAUCAACAACCUCCAGGACGUGUGGGACGUGAGCGAGGGCGAAUGCAACGUGCUGCUGGAGUCGAAGUUCGAGAAGCUGUACGAGAAGAUCGAUCUCACGUUGCUCAAUAGGCUGUUGCGCCUGAUAGUCGACCACAACAUCGCCGAUUACAUGACGGCGAAGAACAACGUGGUGAUCAACUACAAGGAUAUGAACCACACCAACAGCUACGGCAUUAUCCGGGGUCUGCAAUUUGCCUCCUUCAUUGCUCAAUAUUACGGACUGGUCCUGGAUCUCCUGGUGCUGGGUCUUCAGCGCGCCAGUGAGAUGGCCGGUCCGCCGCAGAUGCCAAACGACUUCCUCACCUUCCAGGACGUCGCCUCAGAGACAGCUCAUCCCAUCCGGCUCUACUGCCGCUACGUCGAUAGGAUACACCUGUUCCUGCGCUUCUCCGCCGAUGAGGCGAGAGACCUGAUUCAACGCUACCUCACCGAACACCCGGAUCCGAACAACGAGAACAUUGUCGGAUACAAUAACAAGAAGUGCUGGCCGCGGGACGCCCGGAUGAGGCUGAUGAAGCACGACGUGAACCUGGGUCGCGCCGUGUUCUGGGAUAUCAAGAAUCGCCUGCCGCGCUCAACCACCACCAUCCAGUGGGAGAACAGCUUUGUAAGCGUCUACAGCAAGGACAAUCCGAACCUGCUGUUCAACAUGAGCGGCUUCGAGUGCAGGAUCCUGCCCAAGUGCAGGACGACCCACGAAGAGUUCACCCACCGGGACGGGGUCUGGAAUCUCCAAAAUGAGAUCACGAAGGAGAGGACCGCGCAGUGUUUCCUCAGGGUCGACGACGAGAGCCUGCAGCGCUUCCACAAUCGGGUCCGGCAGAUCCUGAUGGCCUCGGGCUCGACCACGUUCACCAAGAUCGUGAACAAGUGGAAUACCGCCCUGAUCGGCCUGAUGACGUAUUUCCGGGAGGCAGUGGUAAACACCCAGGAGCUACUGGAUCUGCUGGUGAAGUGCGAGAACAAGAUCCAAACGCGUAUCAAGAUCGGCUUGAACUCCAAGAUGCCGUCGCGUUUUCCACCCGUGGUCUUUUACACGCCGAAGGAGCUGGGCGGUCUGGGGAUGCUGUCGAUGGGCCACGUGUUGAUACCCCAAUCGGAUCUGAGAUGGUCGAAGCAGACCGACGUCGGCAUCACGCAUUUUCGGUCCGGCAUGAGUCACGAUGAAGACCAACUGAUCCCGAACUUGUACCGCUACAUCCAACCCUGGGAGUCAGAAUUCAUCGACUCCCAACGCGUCUGGGCGGAGUACGCCCUGAAGCGGCAGGAGGCCAACGCGCAGAAUCGCAGGUUAACCUUGGAGGACCUUGAAGAUAGCUGGGAUCGUGGUAUCCCCAGGAUAAACACGCUAUUCCAGAAGGACCGGCACACUCUGGCCUACGACAAGGGCUGGCGCAUCCGCACCGAGUUCAAGCAGUACCAGGUGCUGAAGCAGAACCCAUUCUGGUGGACUCAUCAGCGUCACGACGGCAAACUCUGGAAUCUGAACAACUACCGUACCGACAUGAUCCAGGCGCUCGGCGGUGUUGAGGGUAUUCUAGAGCACACCCUCUUCAAAGGCACCUACUUCCCGACCUGGGAGGGUCUCUUCUGGGAGAAGGCGUCCGGCUUCGAGGAGUCGAUGAAGUACAAGAAGCUGACGAACGCGCAGCGCUCCGGUCUCAAUCAGAUUCCGAAUCGUCGCUUCACCCUCUGGUGGUCACCUACGAUCAACCGCGCGAACGUCUAUGUCGGCUUCCAGGUGCAACUUGACCUGACCGGGAUCUUCAUGCACGGCAAGAUCCCGACCCUGAAGAUCUCGCUAAUCCAGAUCUUCCGCGCCCACUUGUGGCAGAAGGUCCACGAGUCCAUCGUGAUGGACCUUUGCCAAGUGUUCGACCAGGAGCUGGACGCCCUGGAGAUCGAGACCGUGCAGAAGGAGACGAUACAUCCGCGGAAAUCCUACAAGAUGAACUCCUCGUGCGCGGACAUUCUACUCUUCUCCGCGUACAAAUGGACCGUCUCGCGACCGUCGCUCCUCGCCGACUCCAAGGACGUAAUGGAUAACACCACCACGCAGAAAUACUGGAUCGACGUUCAGCUUAGGUGGGGCGACUACGACUCCCAUGACAUCGAGCGAUACGCUCGCGCCAAGUUUCUGGAUUACACCACCGACAACAUGUCGAUCUACCCGUCGCCUACCGGCCUCCUGAUCGCCAUCGACCUGGCCUACAACCUGCACAGCGCCUACGGGAACUGGUUCCCCGGCUGCAAGCCGCUCAUCCAGCAGGCCAUGGCGAAGAUCAUGAAGGCAAAUCCCGCUCUGUACGUUUUGCGCGAGCGCAUUCGCAAGGCCUUGCAACUGUACUCGUCCGAGCCCACGGAGCCCUACCUGUCUUCGCAGAACUACGGCGAGCUCUUCUCCAACCAGAUCAUUUGGUUCGUGGACGACACGAACGUCUACCGCGUGACAAUCCACAAGACCUUCGAGGGUAAUCUGACCACGAAGCCCAUUAACGGGGCGAUCUUUAUUUUCAACCCGCGAACGGGCCAGCUGUUCCUGAAGAUUAUCCAUACCUCCGUCUGGGCGGGCCAGAAACGUCUAGGUCAGUUGGCCAAGUGGAAGACUGCUGAAGAAGUCGCCGCGUUGAUUCGUUCCUUACCGGUGGAGGAGCAGCCGAAACAGAUCAUCGUCACUAGGAAAGGGAUGUUAGAUCCGCUGGAGGUGCAUCUGCUGGACUUUCCCAAUAUAGUCAUCAAGGGAUCCGAGCUGCAGCUGCCGUUCCAGGCGUGUCUCAAGGUCGAGAAGUUCGGGGAUCUGAUCCUAAAGGCGACCGAACCGCAGAUGGUACUCUUCAACCUCUACGACGACUGGCUGAAGACCAUCUCGUCCUACACCGCGUUCUCGCGACUGAUCCUGAUCCUAAGGGCUCUUCACGUCAACACCGAGCGGACGAAGGUCGUGCUGAAGCCCGACAAGACCACGAUCACUGAGCCCCAUCACAUCUGGCCUUCGCUGACCGAUGACGAGUGGAUCAAGGUCGAGGUGCAGCUGAAGGACCUCAUCCUGGCGGAUUACGGCAAGAAGAACAACGUGAACGUUGCGUCCCUCACACAGUCCGAGAUCCGGGACAUCAUUCUGGGUAUGGAGAUCAGCGCGCCCUCGGCGCAGCGUCAGCAGAUCGCCGAGAUCGAGAAGCAGACCAAGGAGCAGAGCCAACUGACCGCCACCACUACGCGGACGGUGAACAAGCACGGCGACGAGAUCAUCACUGCGACCACGUCCAACUACGAGACCCAGACCUUCAGCUCCAAGACCGAGUGGCGCGUAAGAGCCAUCUCCGCAACGAAUCUUCAUCUACGGACCAAUCAUAUUUACGUUUCGUCGGAUGAUAUCAAGGAGACCGGGUACACCUACAUCCUGCCGAAGAACGUGCUGAAGAAGUUUGUCACGAUUUCCGAUCUACGAGCGCAGAUCGCUGGCUACCUGUACGGUAUCAGCCCUCCCGAUAAUCCUCAGGUGAAAGAAAUUAGAUGCAUCGUGAUGGCGCCGCAAUGGGGCACUCAUCAGACCGUUCAUAUGCCAAACACAUUACCCAAUCAUCAGUACCUGAAGGAGAUGGAACCGCUGGGUUGGAUACACACACAGCCCAACGAACUGCCCCAACUGUCGCCUCAGGACAUAUCCACCCACGCCCGGAUCAUGGCGGAGAACUCCAUCUGGGAUGGCGAGAAAACCAUCGUCAUCACCUGCAGCUUCACACCCGGUUCCUGCUCCCUCACAGCGUACAAGUUGACCCCGAGCGGCUUCGAGUGGGGCAAACAGAACACCGAUAAGGGAAAUAACCCCAAGGGUUACCUACCCAGCCAUUACGAGAAAGUACAGAUGCUGCUGUCCGAUCGGUUCCUCGGCUUCUUCAUGGUGCCAAGCCAGGGCUCGUGGAACUACAACUUUAUGGGUGUAAGGCACGACCCCAACAUGAAAUACGAGCUUCAGCUGGCGAAUCCGAAGGAGUUCUAUCACGAGGUGCACAGGCCGGCUCAUUUCCUCAACUUUUCGAGCUUGGAAGACGGUGAAGGUGUCGGAGCCGAUCGGGAGGACAUGUUUGCAUAAGUUGAAUUCUUUCUGUAAUAGGUUUUUAUUUAACAGUGAAAGUACAGGAUUUGUUGCUGAAAGAACUACAGGAUAUAAACAUAGUGUGUAAAAGUCUUAUACUUGUAAUACUUAUUUUAUAUUUUCUUGUCUAAUGAUGUAUUUAAAUACGUAGGCGAUUAUUAAUUAUUAAUUACAAUUAUAAAUAUAUGUAAUGAUAAUAAAUAGUGUGUAAAAGUU